GCUCCGCCCUGAGAAGCCUGCAGAGCCCCAGCUGGGACUCAUUGGAUCUCCUGGGCACAAUGAUGAACAAAGUGGCAGGGCUUCUGGGAGAGCCCACAGGGACAAGGCCUCAGGCUGGCCCUUGGGCUUAAGGAGAGCAAGGAAGGAGGCUGGCUCUGUGGCAAAGGUACAGCUCCCAAGGAUGCCCCUAAUGUCUGAAGACUCCCAUUGAUAGGACCAAGCCGGCUGCAGGAGCUUAUGCAGGAGGUGUAGAUUUGGUACUGAGGCAGUUAAUUCCUUAGCAUUCACCCUUCCUGUCCUACGCUGGUCUGUUCCUUUCACCUGCAGCUCCAGACUAAUCUGGACUUUGCCACUGCUGACCAUAUUUGCCUCAAACCAACUUCAUCAGAAAAGAGAAGUGACUGUUUUGCCUCGCAUACAUCAGAGGGGGUGGCCCCAGGGCCCCAAGGGCUCACCAACGUGAAUCCUCAGCUUCCAUCAGCUGAGCUUCCUUUUCCAAACUGCUAAUGAAGUUUCCAGAACGGGGUCUCGCUUUCACCCAUCAGCCCUGGCACACGUGUCUACAUCAGAAGUCUGGCAGCGGAGGAAUUGUCAGCUCUGUCUGCUGUGGGAAGGACGGGGCUAAGCCUUGAGCCGGGUGGGAUGCUGGGCAAACACACUGGCCUAGAGACUAAUGUUCCCUCAAAGCCCGAGAGAGGACAGAAGCUGUUAUUCAUGAGCCUGUGGGGUUCUGAGGGUGGUGGGCCUCAGGGUGCCGAGAAGGAGCAAGAAUGGAGUAGGUGGCUGAGGACACUUGGACAGCAGUAUGAAGUCAAAGAGAGUUGGGAAGAAUGUGUCAGCACUACGCAUUACAGAGUAGCCCUGGAUAGAGGUGCAGGUACAGGUUAUACAGGUUAAAUAAUUGUAGGUGUGGGAGAGGUCAGGGCUGGGAGCCUGACCUUGAACCCAGGAGUAAGGGCAGGUCUGAAAGGUCACUGGGAAACUACCAAGGUACAGGGCAUGGAGGACGUGAAGGCUGGAAGCAUCCAAGGCUAGGGUGGGCCUGGGUGAGCAGCUUGAGCACCGCUAUUGCAGGACUAAACCCAGAAGGGUCAAGAACAAUGGAGGGAAGUGGCCGAGCUGUCAUAGGCCUGGUUUCUACCUUCCCAGCCUGGUCAGGCUUCCUGCCUCUGUGGAUACAAUCAGGCCCCCACCCCUCCCCGCCUCUACUCUCUACUGAGAAGGGGUGGGGUGGGUACUGAGGUUCUUCCUCUCCUGGGCUAGUUCUAAGCAGCACACUGGCUGAUAAGAACCUUCCAGCUGACUCUGCCGGUGACUGGCACCAUGAAGGACGAUGUGGCUCUUCUGGCUACUGUCACCCUCUUGGGAGUUCUGUUGCAAGCCUACUUCUCCCUGCAGGUGAUCUCUGCGCGCAGGGCUUUCCACGUGUCGCCGCCACUCACUUCUGGACCUCCCGAGUUCGAGCGCGUCUUCCGAGCUCAGGUGAACUGCAGCGAGUACUUCCCGCUGUUCCUCGCCACGCUCUGGGUCGCCGGCAUCUUUUUCCACGAAGGCGCCGCAGCCCUGUGCGGACUGUUCUACCUGUUUGCGCGCCUCCGCUACUUCCAGGGAUACGCGCGCUCGGCGCAGCUCAGGCUGGCUCCUCUGUACGCGAGCGCGCGCGCGCUCUGGCUGCUGGUGGCGAUGGCCGCGCUGGGUUUGCUGGUCCACUUCCUCCCCGGCACGCUACAGGCAGCGCUCUUCAGAAGACUUCAGGCCCUCCUGCAGAUGGCUUGAGGCGAAGGACCUACGAGUCAGCGCUACUGGAGAAGAGCUUAGAGCAAAACGCAGGGGUGCCCGCUUCCGAAUCUCAGUUUCUAAUUAAAGUUCCCACGACUGUCCCGCCUAUGUUCUCUGGGUCGGAGAAGGUUGCUUACCAAGGGCCCCAUCCCCCGACGUAGCCAGGCUUUGGGAAGCGGCAUGGGCUUGCUUGGUUUGGAGCGUCUCUCACUAUAUAAAUACUCUCCUCUAGACAGCACCUUGCCUGCGCCAUUACCUCUGUCUUGACAUUUAUUUCCAGAGAUAGCCACCCUUCACCCUCCUUUCUGUGCUUGUGGCUCUCCUUCCUCUCAGGCUGAACCUCAGCUGCUGGGAUCUUGUGUGCCUUGUUGUCCUCCACUCCCAGCCCCAACUUCACAACUAGAAUCAGUUGGUCUUUCCCCAAGUGAGAACUGGGUUCCUGUUUUUGAUCAGCCCUAGAUCUCCAACAUCAGAUGAGUGUAGGUGUUGACAGUCCCUGCGGAGGCCCACAUAGCAGUGAGCUUGACCAGGAAAGUAGUCAACGAUACGUUCUCUGAAGUGGACCUCAGGGUGCUUGAGGAGGGCCGGACUUGAGGAAGGUUGCUGACAAAACAUCUCUAAAUGACUUUCUUAUCCUAGCUGGCCAGGGAAAAUGCUUCUCAAACAGGCCCGACAUCGUGUGCAAAGGCCCUGAGGUGGGUGGAGAUGGCCCAUUUAUUUUAGAGAAGACUAUAGUCUCUAAAUGAGCCAGAUGCUGUGGUUCCUGGUUGUAAUUCCAGUACUUGGGAAGCUGUGGCAUAAACUGAAGGCCAGCCUGGGCUACCGUGAGUUCCAGGGCAGCCUGUCUCAGUUCCUCUGUACCCCCAACUCCUGGCCCUGCCACACACACAUACCAGGGUUCUACUACAUGAGACCAAGGGAAGAGGAGCAGGGAGAAGGACACUGAGCACCACCAUGAAAGGGGGUGGGGGAACAGGAAAGAAGUUGGCCAACAACUCCCCGACUGAAGCAUUCAGGGGCUCAGGUUUCUACAAUAGUUGGGGUGGGUGCCGUGAUGCCACCCCAAGAUGACAAGAGAAUGCUUUGGAAGCGGAUUCCUAUAGAAUAGGUAGGUACAACUUUGGGUCCAUGAAAGCUCCAGUUACUGACUCAGUGGCCAAAACCUUCCUGCUAAGUGGGAAUGAGAUCAUGCUGAGGUAUGCCAACAGCGCACUGGGACACUUGACAUGGUAAAAAGGGGGUUUGGGACUCAGUC